UUUUUUUUUUCCUUUCUUUUCAUACAUAUCCAUAUUCAUAUAUUACUGUAUAUAUUUAUUUAUUUCUUUAUAUAUAUUUAUAUAUAUGCACAUAUUUUGCAUAUAAAAGUAUAAUAUUAUGAGUUCAGUACCAGCAGUGCCUGUUGUAUCUUCAAGACAAAGAAUUGAGGAUGAAGAUAUUGAUAUACCUAUUCCUGAAGAGCCAUAUCAUGAUGACGAAGAACAAGAAAGACCUACUGUUUCAGAUGGUGAAGAAGAUGAACAGCUACCAGCACGUCAGCAUUCUUAUGAAGCAAGUGUUGUAAGCAUACAAUCGAAUCCUCCACCUUAUGAAUUGUAUCCACCUGCAAAGUCAAUAUUCGGUAGAUUUUUUAAUUGGCUAAGAAAAAUUCCUAGUAUAAACACACACCAACCUAUUUACUUGCCAACAAUCAAUAAUGAAAAUAGUAGCAGUGCUAAAUAUCGUAUUGCUCUUAUUAGUAUAUCUUGCUUCUUAUUGGUCUUGUUUAGCUUUCUCUUAUUUUGUUCUCUUUAUUUCUCUCCUAUCAACUAUCCCGACCCAAUUUAUCCAGAUAAAACGACAAACUCAACUGCUCGUUUCUUGACACUAAAUAUUUUUAUGCGCCCCCCUCUCAUAAAGAACAAUUGGUCUGAUUAUAAAGAUGAUCGUUUAGCUUACAUUGAAAAGUAUAUUCUACCAGAAUAUGAUGUAGUCGCUUUCCAAGAAUCUUUUGCUUUUGCUUCAAGAAGAAAGGAUCAACUGAUUACAAAUGCUCGUAACAUGGGCUAUAAUUAUCAUGUAGAAUCUCCUCGAAAAUAUCCAUGGCAAUUAGGUGUAGAUGGCGGUUUAUUAAUCCUUUCUCGUUUUCCUAUUCGUCAAUCAGAUAUUAUUGAAUAUCCAAGAGGCCAACACAGUGAUUGGUUAUCAAUAAAGGGCGCUUUACAUGCUUUGAUUGAACUUAAUGCAACUAGAAAAAUGCACUUUUAUACAACACAUACACAGGCAUCUUAUGAUUUAAAUAAUGUUAUCAAUGAAGAUGAUACAACCAUUCGUUUAUCUCAAUUUGCACUUUUACACUCAUUCAUUGCUGAUACAGCGAUAAAUGAUAAUAAUCCCAUCAUGGUUGUAGGUGACUUGAAUGUCGAUGCAGCUAUUCAUCCAAAAGGUGUGCCUAUUACGAGAAGAUUAAACGAUAGUUCACCCGAAUAUGUGAAAAUGGUUGAUGUCAUCAAAGGUACAGGUGUUCUUAAACGUUUUGUUUCUACUGAUGAACGCUGGUUCGAGCAUCCUUGGAAAUUAAAUGACUUGAAAGACAUUGUUUAUGAUCAUUAUGGUUAUCAUCCUAUUACAUUUGGUGAUUAUAAAAUUAAAGAAGACGGCGAAAUUAUACCUGCCGAAACAGUCUUGACAAAUUGGGAUGUUUUAUUGACUGCUCAAAGUAUAGAUCGCAUCUUUUGGUCAGAUCGUCAAUCAAAUAUAAUUAAACCUCAAUUACCUCAAGUUCAAAAGUUUUGGGUUGAGGAAAAUGAUCGAAUGUCUGAUGAAGAGCGUAAAGAAACCAAAUUUACACAAAUCUCAGAUCAUUAUGGCUUAAGCUGUGAAAUUCAUCUUCUUUAGAAAAUAAUGUUAUUUAUAUUAAAAAAAAAUCAAAUAAAACUACUAUGCGUUCCCUUUUUUUUUUCGACUCUUUAUGAUGCAUUAAUGAAUUGAAUCCAAGAAAUAAUUUUUAUUGAUGAAUUGUAUGAAUACGCUUUUUUUUUAUUUUUUUUUUUUUUUUUUUGUUU